AUGCGCACCAUUCAGUCUUACGAUGACGUUGCUUGGUCGAUAAGCACGCAGAUCUGGGAAAACUGGCCGGAACUGCUCUGCGCCGAUGGUGACAUCUACAAUGACAUUGGAGUCAUUCUCUCUAAAGAGUUCAAACCCCUCAAAUGGGCCGUCUUCGGAUACCUGAGCACAGGUGCUGUUAAUACCUGCUUCAAGAUGGAAUUCACUAACGGUUAUGGCGCUGUGAUCCGAUUCCCACUACCAGGUGCUGUCAUGUUCCCUGUGGACAAAGUUCGCAAUGAAGUUUCCACCAUGCGAUAUGUGCUGGAGAAAACCUCUGACAAAAUCCCAAUCUUGGUGCCUUCUGUCGUUCGAUGGAUAAGCACAAAAGAGAGUCCUUCGGAGCUGGGACCUUUUAUCAUUAUGAACUAUAUCCAUCACACGAGGACGAUGACUGAUCUCCUGGAGAGGCCAGGACGUCCAGGUGGACAACAGCCAGUUCUCAAUCCGGACCUCGACGCGGGCAAACUUGAAGCUCUAUAUGGCAAGUUGUGCAAGACAUGGGAUGUCUUGCAUCGACCUUUAUCCUACUCUAUGAACGAAAUUGUGCAACUAGGGACCUUACCCCGAUCAAAAAUACGAACCACAACGUACACAAAAGCGUCAUCAUACUUUGAAGCUCUGGCAGAACUACACCUCCAACACCUCCAAAGCCAGAGAAACGAGGCGAACAUCCUGCCAGAUCUCAGCACCGAGGUCUUAGCAGACGACUUCCGGCGCAAGUUCGUGGCUAGGUUUCUCUUUCGGAAAAUGAUUCAAGACCAAAAACAACGAAAUCAAUGGGUUUUCCAUGAUAACGGGCCCUUUCCAAUCUGGUGUGACAAUUUCCGACCCGAAAACGUCCUCGUUGAGGACACUGAAGCCGUCACUGGAGUAGUCAAUUGGGAAAAGCCGGAAAAUUGGCCUGAAGGUCUCGAUGACUGGUGCAUCGAGUAUGAAAAAGCGCUGCGGGUCUUUCUGGCAGCAAUGCGGAAAUGUGAGGACGAAGCUUUGCAGGAGAAGCUACUUGUGGAAGAGCAGCGGCUAUCAAGUCGGAUGUGGGAGAGUUGGGAAAGUGGAGAUUUUUGGAUCAUGUAUGCUGCGAGGAACAAUUUCGCCUUUGAUGUGGUGUAUUGGAGGAAGAUUGAUCAGCGGUUCUUUGGGCCGGGGAUAGGCAAGGAUGGGGAUUUGUCUGAUGUGUGGAGGAAGAGACUUGACCUUUUGCAGCCUGGAGAGAAGGCGCUUAUGGAGAAAUGUGUGGAUUUGAAGGUGAAGGAUAGGGAUACACGGCCUUUGACAUGGGAUCCGGAUGAGUAUACUGUGGAGUAG